GAGGGGAAGAUGCUGCCGGCCGGAGGCUGAGCGGCCCUCCCCGCCAAGUUCCCGCCCGGCCCUCUGCAAUCCCUAGCGCCAGCCGCCGGCUGCGCGCCCCGCGCCCCCUUCGCGCCGCGUCCAGUGCCCAGCGCGCUUGGAUGCUGCAGCUCCGGGCCGGGGCCGCUCCGCUUCUCUGCUCGGUGGGACGCCCCCCGACGGCUCCGUCCUCGCCCCUCGCCCUGCGUCCCUGCUGACCCCGGGAGGUGGGGUCCGGGCCGGGCACAGCCCCGCUGAGGCAGGAUGUUCACGUCCAAGUCCAACUCGGUGUCGCCCUCACCGUCUCUGGAGCAGGCCGACUCGGACGCGCUGGACAUCAGCACCAAAGUGCAGCUCUACGGCGUGUUGUGGAAGCGGCCUUUCGGGAGGCCGUCCGCCAAGUGGUCCCGGCGGUUUUUCAUCAUCAAAGAGAGCUUUCUGCUUUACUACUCUGAGAGCGAAAAAAAGAGCUUUGAAACCAAUAAAUACUUCAAUAUACAUCCUAAGGGCGUCAUCCCUCUCGGGGGUUGCCUGGUGGAGCCCAAGGAAGAGCCCAGCAUGCCCUAUGCCAUGAAGAUCUCACACCAGGACUUCCAUGGGAACAUCCUGCUUGCGGCUGAGUCGGAGUUUGAGCAGACCCAGUGGCUGGAGAUGCUGCAAGAGUCUGGGAAGGUGACCUGGAAGAAUGCCCAGCUGGGAGAAGCCAUGAUCAAAAGCCUGGAGGCCCAGGGGCUGCAGUUGGCUAAGGAAAAGCAGGAGUAUUUAGACAAACUGAUGGAAGAGACCGAAGAACUCUGCCUUCAGAGGGAGCAGAGAGAGGAGCUUGAGCGCCUUAACCAGGUGCUGGAGGCCGAGAAGCAGCAGUUCGAGGAGGUGGUGCAGGAGCUGAGAAUGGAGCAGGAGCAGAUCAAGAGGGAGCUGGAACUGACUGCAAGAUGCCUUAAGGGUGUAGAACAAGAGAAAAAGGAACUGAGGCACCUCACGGAGUCCUUGCAGCAGACGCUGGAGGAACUCUCCAUAGAGAAGAAGAAAACCCUGGAAAUGCUGGAGGAGAAUGAGAACCACCGGCAGACACUGGCCAAUCAGAGUGAGCAGCCCCCUCCCAGUGGGGGUCUCCAUAGCAACCUCCAGCAGAUCGAGGAGAAGAUGCAGCAGCUCUUAGAGGAGAAGCUCCUGGCAGAGAAGCGGAUGAAGGAGAACGAGGAGCGCUCACGGGCCCUGGAGGAGGAGCGUGAGUUCUACUCCAGCCAGUCCCAGGCACUACAGAACUCGCUGCAGGAGCUGACAGCAGAGAAGCAGCAGGCUGAGCGGGAGCUCAAGGCUGAGGUGAAGGUCCGCAUGGACCUGGAGAGGCGACUCCGGGAGGCAGAGGGGGCCUUGCGAAGCCUGGAACAGGGGCUGAAUUCCAAGGUGCGGAAUAAGGAGAAGGAGGAGAGGAUGCGAGCUGACGUGAGCCAUCUGAAAAGAUUCUUUGAGGAGUGCAUCCGGAAUGCUGAGCUGGAGGCCAAGAUGCCCGUGAUCAUGAAGAACUCGGUGUAUAUCCAUAAGGCAGCCACUCGCCGCAUCAAGAGCUGCCGCUUCCACCGGCGCCGGUCUAGCACCUCCUGGAAUGACAUGAAGCCGUCCCAGUCCUUCAUGACCUCCCAGCUGGAUGCCAACAACAUGGAGGAGCUAAAGGAGGUGGCCAAGCGGCUCAGCAGGGACCAGCGCUUCCGGGAAUCCAUCUACCACAUCAUGGCCACCCAGCCUGGAGCCCCCUCAGUGCUCUCCCGGGGCGGAAAGUGAUGGGCGCUCCUCCCCUGCUUCUCAAGUCUCCCCUGGAUGGGCCGGGAGGGGAAGGGGUGGCAGAGGGAGGCCUCACUCUACUGGCUCCUGGCCUCUCUGGUCUGGAGCCUGCCUCUCCUCUGGGCCAGAGCUCCACUUCGGGGCCAGCCUUGCCCUCAAAGGACAUGGACGCUGCCUUCCUUGCCCUCACCCCACAGGCCACCUUUGGGUCCACACCAGGGCCAUGCAGGCCCGAGCUGGGUGCUGGUUGUCAUGGUGAGGUGAGGACAGGACCUGGUUGUAUGUGGAGAUUUGCGUUGAUUGGGGAGUGGGGUGGGGAGGGGCUAUCUACCACUGUGCCGUCAGCCAGGGCCUGCCCCACAGAGGAAGAUGGCAGCCCUCCCUGGUGCCCACUGGACCUCUCUGGGGCUCUGCUGCCCUGCCCCUGGUCCUCAUGUAGAAAGGCCUCACCUACCCACCUUGACAUUCCCUUUUCCCCAGGGUUUCCUGACUAUCCCUUUGUUUCUGACACUCAGCAAAAUGUCCCUGAGCUGAGGCCCCUCAUUUACACCACAUCUUGGUGUAGGGAGGAAAGGGGCCUAGGACAGCAGCUUCUGGGUUCCUGACAUACCACACACCUGCCACAGUGCCGCUUUUCCUGAGCUCAGGCCCUGGCUGUGGGGUCACCCACUGAUUCCCCUCCUCCUCGGGUGAGCUCACUCACAGCCUCGGCACCUUGCGAGGGCAGAAUGAUGGUGCCGCGUCCCUCCUGCAUGUGCACCUAGGGCCCUGGCUGGGAGCUGGAGCCAGCAGUGAUGCUGGGGCCUCCCCGAGAGGACACAUAACAACCUCAGGAGUGGGCCAGGCACAGUGGCUCACGCCUGUAAUCCCAGCACUUUGAGAGGCUGAGGCGGGAGGAUUACUUGAAGUCAGGAGUUUGAGACCAGCCUGGUCAAUAUGGCAAAACCCUGUCUCUACAAAAAAUAAAAUAAAAUAAAAUAAAUAGCUGGGCAUGGUGGUGCAUGCCUAUAGUCUCAGCUACUUGGGAGACUGAAAUGAGGGGAUUGCUUGAGCCUGGGAGGUUGAGGCUGCAGUGAGCUGAGAUCGUGCCACUGCACUCUAGCUAAGGUGACAGAGCAAGACCUGUCUCAAACAAACACAAACAAAACAAGCUCAGGAGUGAAGGAAAGUCACUCUGGUUCCUGCAUUAUGUACACCUGGUUGGGUAGGGAGGCAGUGUUCCUGCUGGUCGAGAGAUCACAGAUGUCUCCUUCCCAGCUGCCCCUGCUUCAGUCACCUUGCUGUCUCCUCUCCCUGCAGAGACUUCAGCCUGUGAAGCAAUGUGGCCAUGAACACUGGCAGAUGGGAAACCUGGGCCUGUGAUGAGGCCAGUGGUCAUUGGUUGGCUCAGUGUCAUUGGAAGUGAAGCUGAAACGCCAAUCUGUAGCUUCUGUGGAAGACCACCACCCUCCAGGGGGCUGAGGAGUGUGUCUGUCCCUCACUCAUGGACAGACAGACUGCCUAGCCCCUCUCCCUGCAGGCCCACCCUCCAAAGCUACCUGAGGCUACUGGCCUCCAGAAAAGGGGUCCACCUGGGAUCAGGGUGCUCUUGGACACUGUUGGCAGUAAAGGUGCUCAUACUUUGCUGCUUGGAAAACCAAGAAGUUCUAAGAGAUAGACAGAUGGCUUUGGGGCAAGUCCCAGCAAAAGGAGUAAGUCCCUGGGAGCCCACAACCUGUUCUGUGGGAAGAGGAGAUUGUUGCCUCUAAGAACACAUGCACAUUUGCUGCUAGGCUGACCAAGCCCAGGCCGGGGUGCCCUGCUCUUUGCUCAGUGCUGCCUGCCAAAACUAAUCUCAGUGGCUCCUUUCAGUGAUGAGUGGACUUUGACAGCUUCAUACAGUCUCUGAAGAAUCUAGCUGGGGAGAGGGCUGAGUCAGUUUGGAAUAAAUGCAUUUGACAGGG